AUGCGUCUUUCGUACUUGGUGCUGGCCACUGCAGCAUUAACGGUCGGCAACGGCAUCACCACUGCACUUGACAACGAAGUGAAGCCGAAUUCGAUUCAAAAUUCAAAUGGCCUCGUGACUCUUGAACAAGAAUCAGACGAAUCAACUGUCCAUUCUGAGGAACGCAAAGGUGGCGGUGGAGGCGGAGGUAGAGGCGGAGGUGGCGGCGGAGGUGGAUUCAGAGGCGGAGGCGGAGGUGGAGGUGGAGGUGGAGGAAAAGUAGACUCUGGAGGUUGGGGACCCCGGGUUCGAGUGAUUGGACCCGCAAAUGGAUUGUUGUAUCCGGAUUACAACCGAGAAGAAGAUCGAAAAAAACGUGCCAAACAUUAUUAUUCGAAAUAUACUGAGGAAGAAACGGAGGAAAAAGCAGGCGCUGACUACCUAAAAACAUGCUUUCGAGGAAGCAGUACAACACUUUGGGACACUGAUUUUGUUUCUCCUGACAAGAUGACUGCUGAAGAAAGUCGCAGCGUACAAGAUUUGACUCCACGAACAAGCUUAAAUUGCGACAAUGAGGCAGCAGCGUGGACAACGAUGGCUAACAUUAGCGCGAUGACGAGCAGUGUGAGUCAUAUAUUCAAAUUGAAAAGAGCUUGUGGCUGGCUUUACAUAUUCAAAUUUGCACGUGGACGAGUGGAUGAAGCAUAUGACAGAAGUGAACUGCUCAGUUUUUAA